AUGGCCAAGACGCCCAGGCUAGACCCCUACGCCCGAGCCCUCGCCAGGCUAUACGAGCCCUUGAUUCUCCUCGGCAUCCUGGGCAAAGACUGCGCUCCUCACGUCACCACCCGCUACACCCCGGGAAGCAUCGUGGGCGCCCGGCGGCGCUUCCUCAAGAACCUGGCCGUCAUAUGCGACUACACCAAGGGCGGCGCGACGACCACGGCCAUUGCCGUCGAGGAGGGGGCGGCAAACUUUACGUUUUGGCUCGCCACCAACAGUGACUCGUCUGCCGCCGCUGCCGUUGAGUUUCUCAAGGGCGUCCUCGCUAGCCUCCGGGCUGUCUGUGACGUCGACGGGGGCACGGGGACUGACGCCGACCAGGGGGCGGAGCGCGAGCUGAUGAGGGCAUAUGCCGGCUUUGCCGAGAAGAGACUCAAGAAGGAGUCCAAGCUGCUGUUCAGGUUUGCGACAAGGUGCCGGGAAAUUCUGGAGGCUGAUUCGGAAGAUGAAGGCUCUGACCUAGCCACUUGGGUACGGCAAUUCGAGCCAUCCCACGGCAAGAACGCUCUGGCCCUCUGCCAUCUAGCCUACCAGUCGCGCCACGACUCCCGGGCGCGCCGCAUUGAGCGGCUCGGCGCCGAUCCCGAGGACGGGUCGACCCCCGGCGGGACAUCGCUGGCGUUCCGGGCGCUGUGGCACUUCAUCGGGCGCCUGGCGUCGCACGUGCGCGUCGUCAAGGAGCUUGUGGGCGACGCGCGGCGGCUGCGAGCGCUGCUCGACGACUGCGGCGCGGCGCCGGUCGCGGCACCCGAGUGCGCGGCCCCGCCCCGGGUCGACGCGCUGACGACGCUGCCGGGCAUCCUAAACCGCAUGGUCAAGGCGUCGGACGCGCGCCGGGCCGAGUUGCAGGACCGGCUUGCGCUGCUUGACCACCGCGUGGGCUUGGAGGCAGCCGUGCGUGCCAAGCUGGCCGGCGCGGACGAGGCGGACGAGGAUGCCGGAAGCGACGGGAACAACCACGGCGGCCGGGGCCAGGGCCGGCUCACGCCGCACGUCCACGCCGAGGUGCAGCUGCUCGACCAUUUCCACGCCCACAGCCUCCCCUUUGCUGCCGAUGACCGCUUCGUCGCCUGCAGCAAGGCGGCCUGCUUCUGCUGCCGGCUGUACUUCCGCCACCACCCGGCCCGCUGCGUCGAGCCGGACUCGCACGGCAACCUACACCUCAACUGGGGCGUGGCCCGGCUGCGGGACGGCGCGCGCGACGCCCGCUGGGCCGAGCAGCGCGCCGUGCUCAUCCGUAUAACGGACGACAUCCGCGACCUGGCUCUCGAGAGGAUCGCCGUCCUGGCUGGCCCGCGCCCGUCGCGCCCGGAUUCGCUGUCGGGGAUCACGCGCUCCAGCGAGGGGGCUGGGUUCUCUGGGUCUGAUGGUGAGGCUCUUGAUUCUGGAGACUCGGACGGUGAACAGAACGGUAACUUGGACGGUGGACGGAGCGAUUCUCGCGCCAGCCUCGGCGGACGAGCAGUCAAGCCUCGGGUCCGACACUGA